UCGUGAUUAGGUUAACUGUAAAAAUACAUGUACACAAAAAUCCCUCAGCAAACACUGGGCUAAUCUAAAAUUUUCAGAUUUCUCGCUAGUAGCGUAUCGUAAUAGGCAUUUAGGACUAAAUUGUUUUUGAAGUUUAAUAUCAUGUAAUACAUGUAUUUUGAAAACGAAAGUUGUAAACGAGAAAAAAACAUGGCGGAAAGAGGGAAGUUUACUGAAAGUGUGCUCGGUGCCUCUGAUGAAAUUUAUGAUUACAACUGUUCCCCUUGCGAAGAAUCUGGAGUAUAUAAGGAAGCACAUAAAUACUGUGAUAGUUGUAAAGUUAUUGUAAGAAAUUUCUCGGCGAUCACAACAAAUUUCCAGCUUUAAGGGGUCACCUGAUAAAAGAUGCGACCUCUCAACCGAAACAGACUGUUAAAACUGGGGCACCAAGCGUAUCCGUUCCAGCACAACCAGUUGAGCCGUGUGAGAACCAUCCUGAAGAAAUGAUAAAGAUGUAUUGUGGUGAACAUGAUGUUGUCUGCUGCACUGUUUGUGUAGCACUCAAUCACAGAGAGUGCAAAGACGUUCACUACAUUCUAAAGCUGACUAAAGAUACCAGAACAAGUCAAAAAUACAAUGACUACGUGGAAUAGAUGACAAGACUCAAAACCUUGUAUGAGGACACUAAACAGUCCAUCCAGGAUGAAAUAAAAAAAAAUGAGUAACGUAAAAACUGAAGUUAUCAAAGAAAUAAAAGAGUACAAGCGAGAAUUAGUUUCAAGAAUAGAAGAACUUGAGAGUAGGUCGCUUGAGAAUGUUAAUGAAAGGUGUAAGCAAAUAACAGAAAGAUUGAAUGCAGCUGCAAGUCAUGUUAAUGAAGUAUUAGAUAAGGUAACACAUCGUGUGGGAGAGAUAGACAAUAUGGGCGAGGCACAACUAUUUGUUCAAAUGAAAAGAAUGAGAUCAAUGAAAGACGAACAAGAUAAGAUUGACAAAACUCUUCAAUCGUUUAAAGGACUUAGCUUUACACUAGACGACAGUAUUAGGAAUGCUCUCGACAAUGUCGACGGACUUGCUGUUGCAAAGGUACCUCACAAAAUUCUUUCUAAGAAAGAGUAUGGUAUGAUUUUUGAUGAUGACAAAUACGAAACGUACAAUGUGUAUGAUACAUGUACCUUAGAUGAUGGCACCUUGGUUAUGACAUGUGACGACAAACUGAAACGAUUUUCCAGGUUAUUUAAUAAAGUUGCUAACAUAUCGGUCCCAGGGAAAUCGUAUGGGAUAUGUGAAAUUUCAAAAUCAAAAGAAUUAGUAAUUACAAUACGAGACAAGCAAAUAAUACAGUUUGCACAGUACAAUGCAAAAACAUAUCACUGACACAAUCAUUCACAGUAGGUGUUCCAUGCAAAGGCACCUGUUCGUCACCUGUGGUGGAGGCGACAAUGACAAUGUUCCAGGUCAUUUAAGACAGUAUGAUUUGAAAGGUAAACUUAUAUGCACAACUGACACUGACAAUACCGGUCGACGAAUCUUCACGUCUCCCCGUUUAAUAACUCUUGAUUCUAGCACAAAUAACAUAUAUAUAGCAGACAGACACAAAGGAAUAAUUGUUCUUGACAGGAAUGGAAAGAUAGAAAGGCAUUUAUAUGAUUCUUCUUUGAAAAAUUGAUUCGGUAUUUGUCUUACAACUAAGAAUAAUAUUCUUGUGUCCGGCUUUGAUUCCUGUAGUAUACAUCAAUAUGAUGAAAAUUUCAGGUAUGUAGGAACAAUCUUGAGCCUUACGGAUAAAAUGCUUAAACCUACAGGCAUACUAGUUGAUGAAUCAAAGAAAAGAGUUAAUUGUUGGUAUGAACAAACACAAUGAAAUAUACUUUUAUGAAAUUGAAUGAUAAAAGGGACUGUAUACAGUAAAAAAAAAGACGAUAUAUGCCGGUACUUUGGUAUUUGUGUCUUUGUGUAUGUUUUAAAUAGGUUGCUGUCAGAAAACACAUGUACAUUCAUAUCCAAUUUCAUGUAUAUACAUAAUAUUAGUAUUAAAUGUUAUUUUAUGCAGUUAUUUCUAUAUUUUCAAAUGCCUGAUAUAGAGAAAUCUUGUUUUGACAAGUUUGGACGUGUUAUGUUUUGAAAUAUAAUAUGCAGCAAAGUCGUAAAUUUGUAAUUAGACCAUCUUAAAUUGACUUGUUUUAGUUUGUUCUAUUGAUUGGUUAACUGCAUAGAUGAUCACAUUUUGAUUUUUUACAUACUUUUACAUACAUGUAUUUAGAAAUGUAAAAUGUGAAAUAAUUGCUCGGGUAUUCGUGUUGAGACUAAAUACCAUGUGUUAAAUUUUAUGAUAUUUGUAUGAAGAGAAAAACUGAUUUAUUUUAUUACUCAAAAUAAAGACUAAACAACAGUUAUUCAGUAUACUCAUUUUAUUUGAGUAUAUAAAAAGUUCCAAAUAGUAUAUUCGUACAAUAUACGCUUUAAAGAAAAUAUUCAUAAAACAUGAACACUAUAUAUAUAUUGAAUAAUAUGUAAGUGGAGUUUUUUUGCCGCUCGUGACUAAACAGGUUUCGCCGUGUUAAGUCGUUAAAAGGACAAAAUCCGGUCGACCGGAAGGAGAACGAACCCUGCUAUCAAACAUUCUGAUCCAACAACGCCAAAGUCAUAAGUUCGAUCCCCACGGGUCAGUUAAGGGGUCGAACCAACAACCCACGUCGAUUUAAGGCUAGGCAAUGCAAGGCAAGGCAAGGUAGUACCAUACAGCUGACAGCAAGGAAAGCAACGUUCAAAUCGAUUUGCAAAGUGACCACUGUUUGCUAAGAGGUUUAAUACAUAUGCAACUGCGAAAUAUCGGUCAAUAUUCCAGCAUCAAAUUGCCAACCCAUCUACUCCGGUUGACUCCAUGCAGUAGGUGGUAUCUGCAACCUGAUCCAGAAUGAAAGGAAAGCUGUGGCUAUGCAACGCAAAUAAACACCUUUGGAAGCAAGGAAGCAAAGCUAAGUAGGUAUUGCCAAGUACUAGAGCAAAACCUUUCCACACACGGUCACAACUGAGCGAGUGGUAAGUGACAACAUAUCUCUCGGAGCAAAUAAUAAAGCAACAUUCUAAACUUGGGUCCGUUCACCCCCCGGUCGACAGGAUUUUCUGCUCCCCCCAAAUAUGAUAUGAGCGACAAUUUCUACUGAAAUAUGCAUAACAUCCAGACCUAUACUUUAUUAAGCGUAUAACAAACUGAAAACAAACUAUACAAAGUGACAUAUAUCCAUAGACAUUAUAAGCAAUGCCACGGUGACUAAGUCACACUCAGGGUUACAGUGUCUCAACUACAAUGUUUAUAAAUGAAUAAAUUU